AUGCCUUCUUCUCAAUCACAUGUGGAUCAAUCCACUUCCAACCCCAACAGACCUUCAAAAGCUUCCCAACCACAACACUUGUGCAACCCACCCUCUAACCCUGGAAUGAUAUUGCCUUCUCCAGAUUCUCAAAGAUGUGUCUCAGUCAAUGGUUUACCUGGCCCAUCCCAGUGCACCAGUAGUAGUACCGUUCUUGAACGUGUCAAUGUCACAACAGAAGAUGACAAUGGGGAUGGAGACUUGGAGAAUUCUACUAACAAAGGAAAUUCAGUACAGUCCACAGACGCAAAAGAGACAAAGGGCUUUGUAGGAGAAGCAGAAGACAAACCAUCAGGCACUGGUUCAGCCUUUGUUACACAAAAAACUCUACACACAGAUUCUGAGGAAGAAAAUGGUAAAGUCCAGGCAAGAGGUCAACAAGGUGAUCCAGUGAAAACAGAAAAAUUCAGGGUUAAUAUGGUGAACUGUAUCAUCUCAAAGGAGAUGUAA